UUGAUACAAACAAGUGAUUACAACAAUAACAUUUUACAUGAAUAUUGCCAUAGUUUACUUUAAUAACCUUAUUUAUUGUGAUAUAAAAAUACGACCUGCUAUUUUAUGUUAGUUUCACUUCACUGUUGCCCAAUGAUUUCUAGCAUAUGCACCUGGUGGCGAUACCGGCAGUGGUAGUGCCCAAGGAUGGCAGCCGCUGUAGGUGUAAAUAAGCAAGGAGCUGCGGCAGGAAUGGAGGGGUGCAGCCGCUACAGUCGGACCACUGCAGGCGGCACGGUCAAGGUACUGGAAUGUGGAGUGUGUGAAGAUGUGUUUUCUCUGCAAGGUGACAAAGUCCCUCGGCUGCUGCUGUGUGGUCACACCGUGUGCCACGACUGUCUCACUCGCCUUCCACUGCAUGGCAGAGCUAUCCGCUGCCCUUUUGACAGACAAGUCACAGAAUUAGGGGACUCCGGAGUUUGGGGACUGAAGAAGAACUUUGCACUCCUGGAGCUUCUAGAGAGACUGCAGAAUGGAGCCUCUAACCAGUCCGGCUCGUCUGAGGACACUUUAGGAGGAUCUGGAGAGCAUAUUAUCCGCUGUGAUGAAGACGAGAACCACAUUGCAUCCAUGUACUGCACUGUUUGUGCCACACAUCUGUGCAGAGACUGCUCUCAGCUCACACACUCCACUCGGACCUUAGCCAAGCAUAGACGGGUUCCUCUGGCUGACAAGCCCCAUGAAAAAACACUUUGUCUCCAGCAUCAGGUUCACGCCAUUGAGUUUGUGUGCCUGGAAGAACCUUGUCAUGCCUGUUCUCUCAUGUGCUGUGUGUGCAAAGAGUAUGGGAAACAUCAGGGGCACAAGCAUGCUGUUUUGGAAGCUGAAGCGAAUCAGAUCCGGGCUUCGAUUCUGGACAUGGCACACUGCAUUCGAACAUUCACUGACGAGAUCUCUGAGUAUUCCAGGAAACUUGUUGGCAUAGUGCACCAGAUCGAGGGAGGGGAGCACAUUGUGGAAGACAGCAUUGGAAUGGCUCACACAGAGCAUGUUCCAGGCACGGCUGAGAGUGCCCGCUCUUGUGUAAGAGCAUAUUUUGCUGAUUUACAUGAAACGUUGUGCCGUCAGGAGGAGAUGGCGCUCAGUGUUGUCGACGUACACGUGAGAGAGAAGCUCAUCUGGCUCCGGCAGCAGCAGGAAGACAUGACCAUUCUGUUAUCGCAGGUCUCCACUGCCUGCCUGCAUUGUGAGAAAACACUGCAACAGGAUGAUUGCCGUGUUGUGUUAGCCAAACAGGAGAUAACAAGACUACUAGAAACUCUUCAAAAGCAGCAGCAGCAGUUCACAGAGCUUGCAGAUCACAUCCAGUUAGACGCCAGCAUUCCCGUCACUUUCACAAAGGAUAACCGGGUUCACAUUGGCCCAAAGAUGGAGAUUCGAGUUGUAACCUUGGGGCUGGACGGGGCAGGAAAAACCACCAUUCUGUUUAAAUUAAAACAAGAUGAGUUCAUGCAACCAAUUCCUACGAUAGGUUUUAAUGUGGAGACAGUAGAGUACAAAAACCUGAAGUUUACCAUUUGGGAUGUUGGAGGUAAACACAAGCUGAGGCCUCUCUGGAAGCAUUAUUACCUUAAUACACAAGCGGUAGUGUUUGUGAUUGACAGCAGCCACAGGGACAGAUUGAUGGAGUCACACAGCGAGCUGGCAAAGCUGCUAACAGAAAAGGAGCUCAGAGAUGCACUUCUGCUGAUCUUUGCUAACAAACAGGAUGUGGCUGGGGCUCUCUCAGUGGAAGAAAUUACUGAGUUGCUGAGCUUGCACAAGCUGUGCUGUGGCCGCAGCUGGCAUAUUCAAGGCUGUGACGCUCGGAGUGGGAUGGGGCUGCAUGAAGGGCUGGACUGGCUGUCAAGACAACUGGUGGCGGCAGGGGUGCUGGAUGUAGCUUAGACUCAUACAAGGAAAAAAAAGACUUAACUUGACAGCCCUCCUUCAGUUCUGUUUAUUUUAGUUUCCUUGUGAUGUGAUUUAAUGUUUUAUUGUACAUAGCAGCUAACUGUGAUUUCCUUUGCAUUUUUUUAGGUGACCUAGUGGUUUGUAAAAAUACUUACCACACGAUUCACAAAACAAUGUGACUGAGAUUUUUUUGUUGUUGUUGUAUCGGGCAAAGGGUCUGUUUUACCAUGUGGUUGGAUUGCAUGAAUUUACACUCUCCCUUUAACUUUGUUUCUACUGAACAAUGUACAGUCCAAAUUAUGCUCCAACAAAUUAGCUGGCAAAGGCAGCUCUUGAGGUACCUAAUAUUUUGCAGCUACAGAUAUUUGAUAUUUUUAAGGGAUGUUUUUCCCACAGCUGUUUGUUAGAUUAAAGGGGUUGACUUGUUGGGAAACACGUUGAAGAAGCAUCCCGUAAUAGAUAAAGAUUAGAACUGUAACAAACUCGGAAGCUACUGUAGCAUACAUGGAACCUGGCUUUACCCCGGAGGAAUGCACUGGCAAACGUAGCCGAGUAUAUGCUUAGACAUUAGUUAUGGAAUGUGUAGUUUAAAUAAUAGACAUAAACUGCUUUUUUUGUAUAUAGUUUAUUUUUUAAAUCCCAGGUCAAAGUUAAGGUGUAAGCCUUUUGUCUUGGGUACAUUUUUAUUUCACCUCCUGUUUUGAGUAGCUAACUGCGUUCGUUGGAAACACAAAUCUGUUACUUUUGAGCAUGAUCAUUUUUUGCCUUUAAAUAAUGAUUUUUGUCUUGAGGGUAAGACAAUGUAGAAAUACAAACGGAUAGUAUGAUGCUAUGGAUCUUGAGAUUCAUAGUCUGAACAGUUCAGUUGCAGACGGAUGGUCAAUAACGUGUAUAGAUCUGUGUGACUUUAUGGCUGUAUUUACAGCUUUGUUUUAGGAUAUACUGCUAUGUUUGGGCACCUGCUUUGAAUGGGAAUAGUGCACUUGUAGUUUGAUAGCUAUUGUUUGUACUCAACAUGGUUUACAAGAUAGUCAUGUAUUGGAUUUAUUUCUGAAAUAAUUGGUUUUACCUUGCAAACAGCAUUUACAGUACCAACCAUUAUUUAUCUCAAAAAUAUAUAUAAAUGUAAGAAUUAAAACUGCAGUCCUCACCCAGCCUCAUUGCUUAGUACGGUUUAAUUGUAGCCAUUAAAAGCAUGUUUGCAUUAUCUUCGAUGCUAACAUUUAUUGCUGGGAUGUAAUGGAAUGCAUUUAAAAAUACAUGGCAUUGUUCUGUAACCGUGUAGGAGCACAGUACACAUUUGACCUACAGUAUUUGUAAGUUAAUAAACUGCUUUUCUAUCAGCAUACACAAGUAAUGUGAAUCAGGAUUUUAUGCUAUUCAAUAAACAAUGUUUUUUUGCAGGUAUGUGGAGAGCUUUUGCACAUUUUAACCAUUAAUGUUUCCUAACUAUUAAAUAUGAACUAAAGACUUAAUGUACUGUAAAAUGUGAUGUAGUCAGACCCCCUCCCCCAACCCAAAAUAAAUAGCAUAUGUUUAACACAA